GAAAGAGAGUCAUUGGCAUCCAUUUUUUUCUCCUAUUUUUCAUGCGAAGUUAAAAUGACAUAUAUUUUUAAUUAUUUUUACUAAAAAUCUAAGAUGUAGUUACCUUUUUUUACUCUUUUUUUCUUCAUUUAUUAUUACGUAUCUACCCAAAUGAUUUUAUAUUAUACACCUAAAUAAUGGAUAAAGAGAAGAAAAAGUUUCCGAUUGGACCAGAGCACUACACCUUGUUAAAGAAAAUAGGUGAAGGUGUUAGUGCAUUGGUUUAUCGUGCUCUAUGUAUACUUAACAAUGAGAUUGUUGCCAUCAAGAUCCUUGAUUUUGAACAUUGCAAUAGCGAUUUGAAAAACAUUUCUCGUGAAUCUCACACAAUGUUCUUGGUCGAUCAUGCAAAUGUUCUAAAAUCACACUGUUCAUUUGUUAAUGAUCACAAUUUGUGGGUGGUCAUGCCAUACAUGGCUGGUGGUUCAUGUCUUCAUAUUUUAAAGGCUGCCCAUCCAGACGGAUUUGAGGAAGUGGUCAUAGCCACAAUAUUACAUGAGGUUUUGAAGGGUUUGGAAUAUCUCCACAAUCACGGCCACAUACAUCGAGAUGUUAAAGCGGGUAAUAUUCUCAUUGGUUCACGUGGUGCUGUCAAGUUGGGAGAUUUAGGUGUUUCAACAUGCUUAUUUGACUCGGGAGACAGGCAAAGAACGAGAAAUACAUUUGUUGGGACUCCUUGUUGGUACAAAGCUGAUAUAUGGUCCUUCGGAAUAACUGCUCUAGAGCUAGCUCAUGGACAUGCUCCCUUCUCAAAGUAUCCUCCAAUGAAGGUCUUACUUAUGACCAUACAAUGUGCACCUCCUACUCUUAAUUAUGAAAGGGAUAAGAAGUUCUCUAAGAGGAAAGAAGAAGAUAUGCGUGCCGAAAAGAAAAUGGCUUAUGGUGAGAAAGAGGAACUCUCUCAGAGUGAGUACAAAAGAGGCAUUAGCACUUGGAAUUUUAAUAUAGAAGAUGUGAAAGCUCAAGCAGCCCUGGUACCUUUUUAUACUCAAUGCAAGAUUAUUCAAGAUGAUGACAAUUUAUUUGACAAAGACAAUGGAUCUGUGGUUGGUAGCUCUACAAAUAAUCAUCCACAAAAUUUAGAUAACAUUUAUGAGGAGAGCGAAUUAUCUAAUAAUCAGACUUCCAAGUAUUUCUUUUAA